AAAUCAUCCAAUGAAAUCUGCGCUCGGUUGCCUGGCGGUGACACAAGCGGGAAGUAUGGCGGCGACCGGAGCGGGGAUGGCGGAUCCGGUGCUGCAGAUGCCGAAUCACAGAGGUCCGGGGGUUUUAGACCUGUCGGCUCGGGGUCUGCAGCGGCUGGAGCCUCAGCUGUUCCGCCCGGAUUCACACACACACACCCUGAUCCUGGAUCAGAACCAGCUGAUGAAGCUGGAGCACCUGGAGCACAACCCCGACCUGCAGCAGCUGUCGGUGGCCUGUAACCGUCUGGUGCGCAUGAUGAACGUCUGCAGACUCACGCAGCUGCGGGUCCUGGACCUGCAGAAUAACAGCAUCGGCUGCAUCGAGGGCCUGAAGGAGCUGCAGCAGCUGGAGCGCCUCAACCUGGCCGGGAACAACAUCAAGGUGAUGGAGCAGCUACACCACUGCGUCUCCCUGCAGCACCUCGACCUGUCUGAUAAUAAUAUCUCGCAGAUCGGAGACGUGUCCAGGCUCUCGGCGCUGCAGACGCUGCUCCUGCACGGAAACAUCAUCACCACACUGCGCUCGGCUCCUGCUCACCUGCCGGCACACCUGAGAGUGCUGUCGCUGGCGGAGAACGAGAUCCGGGACCUGACUGAGGUCUGCUAUCUGGCUCCGGUGCGGGGUCUGCAGCAGCUCUCCCUCCUCAGUAACCCGUGUGUGUCGUGUGUGUCCUCCGCUGUGUGUGAUUAUCGGCCAUAUGUGCUCAGCUGGUGCCUCGGCCUGGAGCUGCUAGAUGGAGUCGCCGUCACACAGAAGGAAGGGCUGAAGGCGGAGUGGCUGUACAGUCAGGGCAGAGGGCGAGUGUUUCGUCCGGGCGAGCACACUCAGCUGCUGCAGUAUCUGUCCCGCACGUGUCCCGCCGCCGCCCGGCAGCCCCCAGCAGAGGACGCCAAACUGGAGAAGAUCCUCAACAAACAACGGCAUCAUCAGAAUCAGCUGCAGCAUACACAUCACCAGACUCCCUCUCGCCCCACACACCUGGACGUGCAGCAGCUCCACCAGAGCACACCUGAUGAAGAUGAGGAGGAUGAAGGUGAUGAUGUAAUCGCUCAGGCUGCUGUGUAUGUGGAGCCUGCAGUUCGGGUGAACGCGUGGAUGGACUCUGUGUCUCCACCCUUGGCCGCUCCUCCCCCCUCCGCUCCUCCCCCCGCUGUGGCUGCAGACGGGCUGCUCCUGCAGGAUCUGGAGGCCCCGGGGCCGCUGGCGUCUGAAUCUGCCGCUCCUCCGGCUUCAGCUCCUGACAGCGGAGAGGAGGAGUUUGAGGACUCUCUGGCUCCUCCCACAUCCACUCAGCACCGUGCCCCAGGGGAGGAGCCAGUGUGUGGGGGCGUGUCCUCAGAGCAUCAGCAGUGUGAGCCGCAGGACGCCGCCGUGAGGAUCCAGAGCUGGUGGAGGGGCCAGUGGACUCGCCAGCGCCACCCGCAGGCCAGAGCGGUGCGUGCAGAGAUACGCAUGCGGAGGAUGCAGGACCACAUCAUACACCUGAGCACACAGCUGGACAGGGUCCGCCGGCAGCAAGAAGAAGAGCGACUGCAGAGACGUGUUCAAGAAGAAGCAGUGAAGGUUCUGUGGAAACAGCUGCAGGUGUUGUUGCAGUGGCAGGCGUCUGUGGACCAGCGGCUUAACACAACACACACUCCUGCGCUCAACAAGACACACACUCCUGCCGACAGCGCAGCACACACUCCUGCAGACAGUAGCACUGACACACACACACACGCUGAUCUCUCGGUGCCGGAGUGCGGUUCUCCGUGUGUGAACAGCAGCGCCGCCUCUGGAGACGCGCAGAACUGCAGUCUGCUGGAGCAGUACCUGAGCUCCGUCCAGCAGCAGGACGAGGAGGAGCGCGCCGCACACGACCUCUGACCUCUGACCUGACCGCACCGAGGCAUUAUGGGAUGUUGAAGGUCUCUGCCCUCGUCAGCAGUCGUGUAUGAUUAAACAUCAGUUUUCUGCCAGUUCUCUUCAGUGCUGCUGACGGAGGCUCCCUAAGAAGUGCUGAUGCUGUCUGAGUGCACUUACUGGUGCACAUCUCUCCUUCACAGCCUGCAGCUGUAGAUGAAGACGCCGCCGUGGAGUAAUGUCAAUGUGUUGGUCAUCUGCUGCAGUUCAACCCCGCAGAGAGUUUAGCAGGCUUCAGUGUGUGUGUGUGUGUGUGUGUGUGUGUGUGUGUGUGUGAGCGCGCUCGGCAUGUGCUGCAGCAGUCUUCAGUUGAGUGUUUUGUAUGUCAGAUGUUUUACAAAUCAUUUUUGUAAAUAAAGUUUUAAUUUCCUUCA